ACAUAUAACUCGCAUUGAUCUUGGCAUUGAUAUGACCCAAGGACUUGUUUGUUUUCUAUAUUUUUAUGGAAUAGAUAUGCUUGUGGGCAUGUGAAUUGCAUUUAGGUGACUCUGGUGCUGCUAAGGCUUUUCAAUGCGGCAUUCACUCAGCUAAGAUAUAAGCUGUGACUGUGUCAUCGGGAGGCUCACCUGAGCUCCUCAUCGAGCCAGGAUGCGCUGCCACCAGAUUCUCACGGGCGCCUGCAAUGCCAGCACCGACUGCUUCGCCGUGGGCACGGUGUUUGGCGUCCCAUUCACGGUGUACGCCACCGGCUGUGACCUGGUCAUCAUGGACCAGAACUUUGACCGGGUCCAGAUCAUCCCGGGCGUCAACUAUGAUCAGGUGCAGAUCAGCUGCGUCGAUUGCAGCGCCGACUGCGGAAAGAUCGCCGCCGCCUACAGCAACCGGGUGUGCAUCUUCGCGCCGGUACCGUACCGCGCCGGUUUCGGCCACGGCGGCUGCAUCCCCACCAGCUUGCUGCAGGCACGCUGGGAGCUGCAGGACACGAUCCGCGCCAACUGCGCCAUCCACAACCUGUCGUGGAACCUGGAGGGCACGCACCUGCUGACGGGCGGCGACUUCCUCCAGAUGUGGAUCAAAAAGGCCAAACAGGAGGAUCCCGGCGAUGCCCGGCGCGUCAAGUUCGCCGUCGGUGAGGAUGCCGAAGAUACGUCUGACCACGUGUGGGAGUGUCUGUGGCGCGUGCGUACCGCCGAGCCGGUCCACUACAUGGCUUUCUCUCGGGACGGAACACUAUUCGCCACUGCCGGCCUCGGCGACCAGAUCGUCAAGGUCUGGUACGAGAAGAAACAAGCGCACCUGUCGCACCGCUCGGCGUCCAGCUGGGCCGACUGGGAGGCGGUGACGUACGACUUCAUCUACCUGGCGCACCCGCUGCCGGUUACCGGACUGCAGUGGAGACACACCAGCCGCUUCAUGCAUAGGGGCGCCGUGGCCAACAUGCUUGUGACCUCGUGUCGGGACAACAUCUGCCGAGUGUGGGUGGAGACCACCCGCGUACCUGACGACGGCAUGGUGGAUACUGGGUGGCUGUCGGCUACCUCGCACGACAACAUGCACCUGCCAAGGAAGCACAAACAGCACAAGGUGCUGCAGAAAUUCAAACACAUGAGACAAUGCUUCCACCUGCGACGGCCCCGCGCCAGCCAGCAGCCCGACUGGCGACUGCUGGAAGCCAUGGCUGCAGAAGAGGCCGCCGGUCAGCCUCGCACGGCGCUUCAGACACUGCAUUUCCACCUGGCAGCGAGCAUCAGCGCCGAGUCAGACAUUCCGCUGGUGCCCAGCAUGGGGACCUCGGAGACGGGCUCGUCGCUCAACUUCAUGGUGCACUGGCUGAACAACAAGGAGAUGACAUAUACAGACGCGAUGGAGCGACUGGCGGCCGAGAUGGAUCGGCUGGAGCAGCAGCAGCACGAGGCGGCCGAUAGAGACCACUCUCCGUCGGGUGACGGCUCCGACGACGGCGUCACCCAGUCAUCGCCCAACCUGUCUGCUGUGUCGUCAUCCAACACCCUGGAGGCGGUGGCGGCCGGCUGCGUGGGCUCCGACGAGCUCGAGGGGCGGCUGGCGGCCCUGCUGCGCGACUGGGAGCAGGGCUCCGAUCUGCUCUUCUCCAUACACCCAGUCGAUGGCAGCUUCCUCGUCUGGACGAUCGACUACCUGGACGAGCACCACCCGUCGUUCCGGCAGGCGCAGGUCUCCUUCUCCUCCCGAAUUCCUCAGGCCUUCCCUCUGGGAGACGCCAUGACCAUGUCCACCAAACUCUGUCUCUUCGCUCCGACCAUAAUCCAACCCGAGGCCGGUGAGGCUCCUGCCUGCCCGGUGCCGCUGCCGCCGGCUCCCUUCCCGAGCAUGGCCAUGGUCAGCAAGCACGACAACGGAUCUCUCAACCUGUGGUGCAUCACGUUCAGUGAGGAGUCCAAGUUCAAGACGGUGCUGAAUGUGGCCCACGAGCGGCGUGUGUGCGGACACAGGUUCCGGGUGAAUGAUAUCACUUGUCACCCGGUGCUGCCGCUGAUGUUGAGUACGUCACAUCACAACCCGCAGCCGCGCGCCGGGCAGGCCACCGAGCGGCCGGCCAGUCAGACGUACACCAGCGAGCUGAUCCUGUGGCGCGUGGACCCCAUCGGACCACUCUCCCGCACCUCUGGCGGGGUGACAGAGCUGACCCGUGUCAACGUGCCGGAGAUGUCGGCCUUCUCUCACGUGGCCUGGGUGCCCACCCUGCUGCCCAGCACCACCCUGGGUCCGAUCUGCAACUCGCCGUCGACGUGUUUCGUGGCCUCGGACGGGCGAAACCUGAACCUCUACCAGGCGGUCAUCGACGCCAGGAGUCUGCUGGCAGAGAUCAACAACGCCAAGCGGAAGAUGAAGCGCAUGGGUUCGGGUAUGAGCGACUCGUCGGACAACUCGUCGAUCCCGGCGCAGCUGAAGCAGACUGGUCUGUCGGACGCCUUCCGACUGGUCUCUCAACAGUCGGCCUCCCGGCCCGGCUGCGUCAUCCACCUCAACACCAUACCGGACGUCACACAUGACUGGGAGCACACGCAGUUCCUGCACGUGUACCAGGAGCAGCUGAUCGUGGGCCGGGCCAGCGGCGCGCCGACCAGCCGCUCCUCGGGAUGGUAUCCGGCCGACCCGAGCUUCUCCGCUAUCGUCGACCUCCAUCAGACGGAGAGCUUCUCCGAGCCGUUCUACAUUGUGGUCAUCGAGCGCGACACGCUGGGCACGAUGAUUCACAUGUGGCGAGUGGUGCUGUCCUCCCAGCCGCUGCAGGGAGAGAACGGCCAGACCGACUCGCCCGGUGAUCACCCCAGCCCCGUGCUCAAGCCCGUCUCCAUCUCAACAGUCAAGGUGUGCACCCAGCGUCUGCCCCUGCCGGAGGGCGUGGAGGUGACGUGUGCCACGCCGGCGGCCGGCCACCUCAGCUCAGCCUCCAUCUACCCGGCCUGCUUUGCCACCUACCACGUGGUGACCGCCUGCUCCGACAACACCGUCAGGUUCUGGAAGUGCCGCGUCUCGGAGAGCGGUGGCUCGGCCGACGGCGCCGCGUCCAAGACGUACCAGUGGUGUGAGUGGGAGAUGACCAACUCGACCAGUCGCAGCUCGGCACUCAAACUUCCCGGAGUGCCCCUCACGGUCAGUGUGGCGUAUAGCGCCCGCGUCUCUUGCGCCUACAAGAUCGGACGCUCCUUCACCAGGAAGGAGCAGGAGCGAGGCGCGCGCUUCAUCAACCUCGGCGUGGUCAUCUACGAGUGCGAGUCCAGCGGAGGUUCUGAGUGGGUGAAGGAGGACACGAUCAUGCUGCACAACGUGCCGCUGCCAAGACUGUACACUCCCGGGGACGCCGACACCUCUCUACUGGAGGCCGGAGGACACCGUUACGUGCUGUCGGGAGUGGGGACGCAGCCCGGUGGAGAGGGAGAUGAGGACAAAGCACUGGGCAUGCGCACGGCGCCCAGCUUCAUCAACGACAACACGGUCAAGUCUGCGAUCGCCGAGGAGGGCAACAUCCUGAUGAGCGUGGCGCACAAGCACCUGGUGCGCAUCGACUGGGUCUCCUCGGAGGACGGCUCUCACAUGCUCACACUCGGCGUCGGCAGCAAGAUUCUGAUGUUCUCGCGCGUGUCGAGCGACAUCACGGUGGCCAAUAUGAAGGCGAUGAAGGAGAACCAGCAGACGGCGAGGCCCAUCCUGCAGAAGGCCUCCUCGAUUGCGCUCAGCUCCUUCACCCCCGACCAGAUCAGGUGGAUGAAGAUCCGCCAGGUGAAGCUGGAGUCGGCCGACGGCCUGCCGCCGAUCCCGAUGCAGAUGAGCUGGGUGCGCGACGGCGUGCUCAUCGUCGGCAUGGACAACGAGAUGCACGUCUACAGCCAGUGGAAAAUGCCGCCGCUGAGCCUGUCCCGCCGCAGCACGACCGACCUACAGCCGCUCACGGACGACUUCGUGGCAUCACGAAACCUCACCGACCAGCAGCUCUUCACAUACGCGUCGGACUCGAUGAAGAAGCGCAUCAUGUCCGUGUCUUCCCUGGCCAACAUGGACCUGCUGAAGGGCCGGGCGGCCGAGUCGGCACGCGGUGCCACUCAGGACUACAUGCCCAACUACGGUCUGUUCGUGGCCAGUCGAAUCGCAUUCCCCGUGCUCCCGCAGUACCAUCCCAAACAGCUGAUGGAGCUCCUCAACUGUGGCAAGGUGAAGCGCGUCAAGGCGAUCCUGGCGCACAUUGUGCGUUACGUACGCAGCCUGUCGCGUCAGUCGCGGCUGGAAUCGUCUACAGCUGAUCCCGAUCUGGAUGAUCCGGAUAUUGUGGAGAAGCUGGCCCGGAGUCGCGGAAUGUCCGUCUCGCUGCAGCCAGGGAGUCCUCUGGAGCGUCAGCAGACGGAGGACAUCCGACCCGACUACGAGGAGAUUGACUCGGUGCCGCCGCUGCCGCUCUGGAUGCUGCUCGCCGCCGACCGCGACCGGGGCCUGUCGGCACCGGCGGCUUUAGAGGAGGAGAGCUACGACGACCUCUUCAAAGUGGACGACGGGGAGGCCACACUGGAGGACAUCAUCGGAGCCAACAAGAAGAGGCGCAAGUCCACCGCGGGCCCCCCGGAGGGACUGAGCUUCUUUGGACCGCGCGAGUCCCGGAUGCUGACGCAGCUGCUGACCCACUGCCACCUGCCGGACCUCACCUCCAUCGACCAGCUCUAUCUGAUAGCGCUGGCCGACACGGUCGCCUCCGUGGACGCUGAUCUGGCCGACUGCUUCGACGAGUCUUCGGAUGAUGCAGCAGAGGCGCAGAAGAGCCAGGGACCCACACUCGACUCUGUGGACGACUCCGGCCUGCGUUUCGUGCUGGCCAUGCGGAACUUCACCUACCUGUCCAAGUGUCUCCCGCCGAAGGAGAAGGCCGAGCUCAACUCGCAGGGCCUGACCUCGUCGUACGUGGUAUGGGGCUUCCACUCGGAGUCACAGGAGGAGCUGGUACAGCUGGUGCCGUGCGUGGCGCGCGCGCAGCCCCAGUGGAGAGAGCUGCAGCAGCUCGGCGCUGGAUGGUGGAUCCGCAGCAACACGCUGCUCAAACGCAUCGUCGAACAGAUCGCCAAGACGGCCUACCAGAAGACCAAGGACCCAAUGGAUGCAGCCCUCUACUACUUCGCUAUGCGCAAACGGACCGUGAUCGCGGCACUGUACAAACAGAUGCGCGACGACCGGCGCUACAAGUUCUUCAGCAAGGACUUCACCACGCCUGACGGCCGUACCGCCGCCAAGAAGAACGCCUACCAGUGCUUGGGCAAGCAGAAGUUCGAGUCGGCGGCGGCUCUGUUCCUGCUGGCCGAUAGUCUACCCGACUGCGUGGAGGUGAUCCUGACGAAGCUGCACGACCUGCAGCUGGCCAUGUUGGUCUGUCGGCUGUACGACGGAGAGCUGGACAGCUGCCCGCCCAGCCUGCAGCAGCUGCUCAACAAGGAGAUUCUCGGUGUGGCCGAGGACGGGACGGUGGACCUGGCAGUGGCGCACCCCGACCCGUUCCUCCGCUCCAUGGCCUACUGGAUCAAAAAGGACUACUCGGCCAGCCUCAACACGCUGCUCAAGGUCAACGUGGGCACCUUGCACACGGCCUAUCAGGAGGAGGACGCGCAGACAUACUACGGCACGAGUCCGACCGUGUUCAACUUUUACGUGUACCUGCGCACCCACCCGCUGAUCGUGAAGCAGUACAAGGCGCAGGGCGCCCAGGACCGGCGCCGGGGACGGGGCCAGGACGCUGGAGACGAGGACAAACAGUUCUUCCACGUGGACGCCAUCACUCCGCUGGAGCGGCAGUUGUACUUUAGCACCGCGCAUGCGCAUUACCGCGCCGGCUGUCCGACCCUGGCGCUCGAAGUGCUCUCCAAGCUACCCAGCAAGGUGCUCGACAGCUGUCCGGAGGCCGAGAGCGCUGUGGCCAGCCCGGUCAAGUCGGCACCGCAGGACAAGAGGAUUGACACGGGCAUCAUUGACUGGUCUCAGCCAGAACCGCUCUCUGAGCCGGAGCCGGUCGAGUCCCUGCUGGCACCGGGCGGGGAUACGGCCGCCGCUCUCAUGGACGCGCCGCGCGUCCCGUCGCCGCUGCCGCAGUCACUCGGACAGGACUUUGACUGGUCGACGCCGGUCCGAUCGCGGCUGGCCCCCGAGCCCCUGGAGCUUAACUGGGACGAUGAUCGGGGCAGUGAUACCAGCACUGAUACUGGUGCAGAGACGCAGACACAGAUGACAUCCGGGCCGGGCCCUGCCGAGGCGGCUCGCUCCGGCGUCCUGGACAUCAUGGCGCAGCAGCUCAAGUUCAUCGGCUGCCUGCAGCUAAUGAUGGAGGAGCUCUCGAACCUGGCCUCAGGUCUGGGUGUGGACGGCGGCCAGCUGCGCUACCAGCUCUACCUGUGGCUGGAGAGGCAGGUGGACGCGCUCAUUGAUGUCUGCAACUACGACGGAGGCACCGUCGACGUGGCGGCGCUGCCGACGACCGCCGAUGAAGAGGACGCCACUCCGCCGCCCUGUUUCCCCGGUGACCGGCGGCCCACUCUGCACGACGUGCUGCUCACGGACAAGAUGGACUUCGAGGCCAAACUGCAGCGCGCCACGCGCAGGAAGACAUGGCUCAAAGCGAACCAGGCGCUGUUACGCACCUUGCUCAGUUACUGCAGUCUGCAAGGGGCAGCCGGUGGCGCUCUGGCCUCCGUUCGCAUGGAACUCAUCCUGCUGCUUCAGGAGUUACAGCAGGAGUCGAGCCGCCAGCAGCUGCUCAGUCCGCUGCCGUUCCCCACCAUGAUUCCGCUGCUGUCUGCCAGCGUGGCCAACAAUAAGACGGUGGUGAUGGACCCGGUGCGGCACCUACAGGCCAUCGCCCACGAUCUGCUUCAGGUGGUGGCACAUCAGACGGCGCCUCCGUCUCCAAACGUGGUAGAGGAGUCAGCGCUGGCCGUGCUGAAGAACACGGCGGUGGCGCUCUCAUCGUGCGUCUACCAGGCGCUCUGCGACUCUGACGCCUUCAAAGUCAAACAGAAAGACGGCCUGGUCGGUUACAGCGUGGACGGUAUCGUAGCGGUGAGCGCCAGCCACCUGACGGCCGGCCUGGGCGCGCGCUGCCGGCGCGCCAGCGCCGACCAGCCGCCUGCCGUCACCUCGCCUCCCGCCAAAUGGCCGGGCGUGACGUCACUGCGCGCGCUGCUCUCGCGCGAAAAGGACGACGACGGCCCGCAGCUGACGGUGCUACUGGCGGAGGUGUUUGCGGCGGUUUAUACCAGUCUGCUCAUCACGGCCAUCGCCUGCUCCGACGCCAGGCUGCUGUACCGGCUGGUCCGUCUGAAGGUGGACACCCGACUCUGGUCGGCCGUGUUUGGCGGCGGCGCCAGGAAACUGCUGAGGGUUGCUACUAACGUGGUCACACCGUCGACCCCGGCGCCGUCCGAACUGGCCUCAUCCCCCGGUGACACCAGCCUGCUAUCAUCACUCAACAAGCAGCGCGCCAAGCUCAACAUGAAGCUGCUGGGUCAGCUGGCCCCGGGCAGCGGACCGACCACGCCCGGCCUGACGCCGCCCACUCGUGACGAGCACCCCACCUACAGAGAGGUGUUUGUGCCGCCCGAGGCGUCCAUUGUGCAGCUCAUACUGGCGAAGCCGCCGCCGGACCCGGCCGGUGAGACCGAGGAGUCGACAUUCGACUACGACUCCGACACUGAGUCGCUGGCGGACGAUCAGUCGGAUAGAUAUGGGGAGGAGGAUGACGGACUGACAGAGGUGAACACGGAACACUCGGACCCCAACUCGUAUAGCUGGAAACUGAUGCGGUUCGCCUGUAUGAAACUCUGCAAACAGAAGAUCACACAGAUCCUCUCCGUGGCAGGCAUCGAGCAGCAGGAGCUGCCGGUUGCCUCGCCUCUGGUGCACACCAUCCUGCGCCUGAUGGACCGCUGGUCUGACGAACUGGAGGCCGAGGUCAACUCGAGUCGCCAGCCGGCCGAGUACAUCCCCAACCUGAACGUGGACGAGUCGGCGCGCGGCCCGCCCAUCGUCAAAUACCGGGCCAUGCUGCAGCCGUUCAACACGCCGUUCGAUCAAGACGCUCCCGGUGUCGGUGCCGUGAAGCGACUCUGGCUGGUACUGGCCCGCCACGAAGCCGUUCAGGACACCUUCAUCCGAGUUCUGUUCUCGCGGCGUGCUGCGCUAGGACCCAGCAUCGGCUCGGGAGCUGACAGCGACCAUGAGGUCACCACCGACCCCAUCAAGAUCAUACACAAGGAGCAGGAUGCCAUCACGGCGUUCUGCAUCAACCAGGCCAACCCGAACAUGAUGGUGAUGGCGACGCAGAAGGAGCUGCAGGAGCUGGACGUGGCACUGCUGGUCAGCGGCCCCACCUGGCUCGAGUCGGAGACCGACUACGACUCGCUAAACCCCAACAGGGACCCGGACAGUAUGCCUUCCUCCAACUACCUGGUGGUGCAGCUGCCGAGCGAGGCAGGCUCGGCUGGCCUGCCCGGCCCGGGUCCGGGCGGCUCCGGCUACUCCGGGCCCGGAUCGGCGGCCAGCAGUCUCGUACCCAGUCCGACCUACUCGCAGACUGGUCGCGCGCCGGCAAUGGGAGGUCGAGUCGGCCGGACACAGCUGAAAGGAUUGCACUUUCCGGGUGCUCAGAACGCCCACUUCUGUCGGGUGGUGCUCAAACGCAGCCGCCACCUGCUGCAGCCGAUGCUGCGCCACAAAGUGGAGGGCGUGCGCAGGCUGUGCGCCCACCCCACCAUGUCUGUCUAUAUCACCGGCGCGCACGACGGCUCUGUGACGGUCCGUGAAUGGGGAGCCGAGAACCCGGUGGCCGUCCCCCGUCCCAGCGGCACGUACGCCAAGGUGAACCGGGUGAGGUUCAACACACAGGGCAACAAGUUCGGAGUGGCUGACAACGACGGCAAUCUCAGCCUGUGGCAGAUGACGCCGUCGGCACACAACGGACGACCGUUCUACGCGAUGGAGUGCCACAGCAAGGUGUGCAGCGACUUUGUGUUCGUUGGCUCGUCCUCUCUGCUGGCCACGGCCGGUCUCAGCGCUGACAACAAGAAUGUCUGCUUGUGGGACACGCUGCUGCCAAAGCGGAAGGCGCAGGUGGCCGGCUUCUGCUGUCAUGAGUCUGGAGCGUCGGCGCUGCUGUACUCCUCACAGCACCAGUUGCUGAUAUCGGGCGGUAAGCGCGGCAAUGUGUGCAUCUUCGACGUGCGCCGUCGCCAGGUGCGCCACCGUUUCUCUGCGCACGAGGCGGCCAUCAAGUGUAUGGCUCUGGACCCGGCCGAGGAAUACUUUGUCACCGGCAGCGACGAGGGAGACAUCAAGGUGUGGGGUCUGACGGUACGGGACGCGUUCUUCUCGUUCCCUGCCGAGCACGCGCGCGGCGGCUUCUUCAAGAACGCCGGCCACGGCGUGACUCAGCUUCAUAUUGACGACGAGCACCGCCUGUAUUCAUGCGGCGCUGACGGCUCUAUGAAGCUGCGCGCCGUGCCCCACCACCGGGAUACAGUGGUGCAGUCCGUCUACUGAGACAGGUAGAGUCCUGCGGGAGGAGAGUAGAGGGCGUCUACUGAGCUGGGUAGAAUCCUACGGAGGAGAGUAGAGGGCGUCUACUGAGCGAGGUAGAAUCCUGAGAAGGAGGGGACAGUGUACUGAGAUUAGUCUGUCUACCGAUCAGGCAUCUGAGGAGGUGGAGGGAACGGUCUGUCUACUGAGAACGGUAGAGUCCUGAGGAGGAGACUAUGGGGUGUCUACUGAGGAGAGUCGUCUCAUAAAGAGACUACAGUCUUCUUAGGAGAGUAACAACCUGCUGAGGAGACUGCAGUCUAUUGGGAAGACUGGAGUUUGCUGAGGAAGCCACAGUUCGUCAACUCAUGAGGCUGCUGUUCUUCUGAGCAGACUAUUGUCCCUUCGCUGCGGAGACUACAAUCUGUCUACUGAGCUAGGAAAUGGCAUUCCCUCUACUGAAGUGGUUGAGAGACGGUCAGGAUGAAAUCAGGUGUUGCAAUGGAUAAACAGGUUGAAGAAAAUAGUGGCAAGUGAAAAGAAGUGAUCAUUGUAGGCAUGCUUGUGAUGGACCGAAAAUUAGAGACUUUUUGAUAGCUUGUAAUUUGUAUUGACUUCUGGCAGUGGAAGAAGUAGUGUAAUUACACCACCCAAAUAGCGAGCUACCUGCUUCAGCAAAUUCAAUUUUCUGGCUGACUGGAGACAAUUUUUAUUGGCACUCGCUGUGCAAUCAUGCAUGAGGCCGCUCCGCCUUUCGAAACCUCUCACCAGUCCCUGUUCGACCGCGAGCCAUAAGCCACAGACAAGGCCAGUUCCGCCCGCCGGCUGCACCACCAGUAACGCUACAUUCCAGACAGGGUUGAGACUGUCGCACUGCGUACUGUGCGUACGUGUGCGUAUGUGUUUGUGUGUGUGCGUGCUGAGGUUGUGUGCGUGAGUGCUCGUGAGGUGAAUUGAUCCUGUAUUUGCUUAGAUUGGAGCCAGGGCCAUAGUAAAGACGGAGUUCGUCGUGUCAUGUGCAAUUUUUAGCAAAGCGGGAGAUAUAUUGUCACACUAGGCUGUUUAUUGUGUAGCGAAAAAGCGCAGCUGUAUUGCCAAGGGUAUAUCCUUACAAGUAGGUAUGUCGAAAAGCUCCAGGACUGGAAGUGGCAUUAUUUACCGCUGAUCAUUCAAUUUACCCAUUAAUUUUCCCAAUGCCAUAUGUAUCUCGGUAUUGUCCCGUCUUAACUUGAAAAUAUUGUCUCGUAUAAGUUCGUUUCGCGGUAACUGCGACAGAAUGUCCCCGCGUGUCGCGGUUACUGUCGCGGCGACACAGCGACAGGCCUCGCGUGUCGCCACAACCACAGCUGAGCUAUUAUUCACGAGCUAUCGGGAUCGGGCCCGCCCGGCUGAACAGCGUGAUUGCGUUGACCGUACUGUUUUCCUAAGGGCUAGGUCAGCCGCUCGAUACCAGCCGCGUGUUUCCCCACACGAAUCAGAGGGAUACAGGGCACCUCGCGUGCCGUCUGAGUUUUAGAGUCGACGGUUUUCGGCCACGUCGCUACCGGUCCCGUCUGCCGUUCGAUUCGGAUGAAGCUGCGAAGAUAUUGUCGAUGUUUAUAUAUUCCUACGCCAUUGUUUAUUCCUAUGUUAUUAUAUCGCGCAAUGUGAAUGAUUUUGUACAGGAAGGUAGGAAGAAUUCACGAUUUUAUGGUUGUGUUCCGUAACCAGCGAUGGUACUGCACUGAACGGCUCCCAAUAUGUAUACUAGCUGGAUGUUCAGUGUUAUUCGUACCACCGUCAUUGUAUCUCGUAUAUCUACCCUCUAGACUUGAUAGCUGUGUGAACUGAGCGAUAACACUGGCUGUAGUGAUGAAAUGUGUGCAUGUAAGUAGUGUGUUGUGUGAUCUAUUAUUCCCCAAUAAACGUCUGUCGAUUC